AUGUUUUACAAAGUAUUUUUCGCAGUCUUAUCAUUCAUGACUGUGGCCAUAGAAUUCUCUCAGGAGAAGUGGGAAUGUCUGAAUCCUGCUCAGUGAAAUUUGUAUAGAGGCGCAAUGUUAGAGAACUACAGAAACCUGCUCUUGUUAGGUCUCACUGUAUCUAAGCUGGACCUGGUGACCUUUUUGGAGGGAAGGAAAGAGCCCUGGACUGUGACAAGUGAGGAGACCGUAGCUGCACAGCCAGGAAUGUGUUCCUAUUUUGCCCAAGACCUUUGGCUAGCGGAGAGUGUAAAAGAUUCUUUCCAAACAAUAAUACUGAGAAAAUAUGAAAAAUCUGGAUAUCACAAUUUACAGUUAAAAAAAGGGCAUAAAGGCGUGGAUGAGUAUAAGGUGUCCAAAGGAAGUUUUAACGGACAGUGUUUGACAACUACCCAGAGCAAAAUAUUUCAAUGUGAUAAAUAUGUGAAAGACUUUCAUACGUUUUCAAAUUCAAAUAGACAUAAGACGGAAAAGAAUCCUUUCAAGUGUGAACAGUGUGGCAAAUCAUUUUGCAUUCUUUCACACCUAACUCAACAUGAAAAAAUUCACACUACUGUGAAUUCCUACAAACUUGAAGAAUGUGGCAAGGCCUGUAGUGUAUCCUCAACCCUUUCUCAACAUAAAAGAAUUCAUACAGGACAGAAACACUACAAAUGUAAAGAACGUGGCAAAGAUUUUAACAAGUCCUCACACCUUAACACACAUAAGAUAAUUCAUACUGGAGAGAAAUCCUACACAACUGAAGAAUGUGGCAAGACUUUUAACGUAUCCUCACACCUUAAUACACGUACGAUAAUUCAUACUGCAGAGAAUGCCUACAAAUGUAAAGAGUGCGGCAAAGCUUUUAACCAAUUGUCAACUCUUACUAGACAUAAGAAAAUUCAUGCUGGAGAGAAACCCUUCAUAUGUGAACAUUGUGGCAAAGCUUUUAACCAAUCCUCCAACCUUACUAAACAUAAGAGAAUUCAUACUGGAGAUAAACCUUAUAAAUGUGAAGAAUGUGGCAAAGCCUUUAAUGUAUCCUCAACCCUUACUCAACAUAAGAGAAUUCACACGGGGGAGAAACCUUACAAAUGUGAAGAGUGUGGCAAAGCCUUUAAUGUGUCCUCAACCCUUACUCAACAUAAGAGAAUUCAUACUGGAGAGAAACCAUACAAAUGUGAAGAAUGUGGCAAAGCCUUUAACACAUCCUCACACCUUACCACACAUAAGAGAAUUCAUACGGGAGAGAAACCCUACAAAUGUGAAGAAUGUGGCAAAGCCUUUAGCCAGUUCUCACAACUUACUACACAUCAGAUAAUUCAUACUGGGGAGAAACCCUACAAAUGUGAAGAAUGUGGCAAAGCAUUUAAGCAACUCUCAGCCCUUACUGCACAUAAGACAAUUCAUACUGGAGAGAAACCCUACAAAUGUGAAGAAUGUGGCAAAGCUUUUAACCUAUCAUCACACCUUACUACACAUAAGAAAAUUCAUACUGGAGAGAAACCCUACAAAUGUAAAGAAUGUGGCAAAGCUUUUAACCAAUCCUCAACCCUUGCUAGACAUAAGAUAAUUCAUGCUGGAGAAAAACCUUACAAGUGUGAACAAUGUGGCAAAGCCUUUAAAUGGUCCUCAACUCUCACUAAACAUAAGGCAAUUCAUACUGGAGAGAAACCCUACAAAUGUGAAGAUUGUGGCAAAGCCUUUAAUAAGUUCUCAACCCUUACUACACAUAAGGCAAUUCAUGCUGGAGAGAAACACUACAAAUGUGAAGAAUGUGGCAAAGCCUUCAACUGGUUUUCAAACCUUAUGGAACAUAAGAGAAUUCAUACUGGAGAAAAACCCUACAAAUGUGAAGAAUGUGGCAAAGCAUUUAACUGGUCUUCAACGUUCACCAAACAUAAGGUAAUUCAUACUGGAGAGAAACCCUAUAAAUGUAAAGAAUGUGGCAAAGCUUUUAACCAAUGUUCAAACCUUACUACACAUAAGAAAAUUCAUGCUGCAGAAAAAUCUUAUAAAGAAUGUGGCAAAGCUUUUAACCGAUCGUGAACUCACAACACAUAAGAUAAUUUAUGCUGGAGAGAAACCCAGAAGUGUGAAUAAUGUGGCAAAGCCUUUAACAAGUCCUUAAUUCUUAGCAGACAUAAUUCCUACUGGAGAGGAACUGUACAAACCUGAAGAUGUAACAAUGCAAUUGACAACACCUCAACUUUUCUAAAUGUAAAAGAAAUAAUGCUGGUGCAAAAUCCUAAAAAUGGGAAAGAAUAUUACAAAGAUAAAUGGUUGUCAUACUUGAUUGUAGGUAAAAUACUUUGUACUGGAGAAAAUCUACAAGUGUGAAGAAUAUGGCAAAACUUUUAACUGAUGCUGACAAAACUAUGGCUUUGGCUGGGCACAGUGGCCCAUGCCUAUACUCCCAGCAUUCUCGGAUGCUGAGGCAGGUGGAUCACCUGAGG